UUCAAUUUCUUUCUUUUUUACUUCUCCAAUGGCCGUCAACUUUACAACUCCACAAAAACAUGGCACUUUAUCACCUCUUGCAGCUCUAUUCAAGUUUCUGGCUAUUUUUUUAGGACUUGUUCUCCUAAUGUUUUACAUCUCUUUGCAAGAAAACGCUCACUUUUACCAAAAUUCCGAUCUCUUGGCAAACUUUACGCAGAGAUGGUCAGCUUCUAUUCCCAUUGCUAAAACUCCUACCAAUAUAAGUCACAUUGUCUUUGGUAUUGCUGGUUCCAUGAACACAUGGCAGCAGAAAACCUCAUAUGUCAAAUCAUGGUGGAGACCAAAUGUUACCAGGGGUUAUCUCUUUCUAGAUAGAGAGCCCACAAUGGAUUUCCUUCCCUGGUCUUCAUCCUACCCUCCUUUUCGUGUUAACGAGGACUUCACGAAACUAAGUUCAUACAAGAACAUCGAAUGGUCCGAUCAUGUACGAAUUGUACGUUCGGUUUUGGAGAUAUUCAAGGAAGGUGAUGAAGAUGUGAGAUGGUAUGUAAUGGCAGAUGAUGAUACAAUCGUUUUUGUUGACAACUUGGUUGAGGUUUUAGCAAAGUAUGACCACACUAAAUACAUGUACAUUGGAGCUAGUUCUGAGUGUAUUAUAUCCAACUUUUAUUUCUCAUUUGAUAUGGCAUUUGGUGGAGGCGGUUAUGCUUUGAGUUAUCCACUAGCUGCAGCAUUGAUAAAAAUUUUUGAUAAGUGUAUUCAAAGAUAUAUCCAUAUUUUGUACAGUGACUUCAUGCUCUACUUCUGUUUAUCUGAUCUAGGAGUUUCUCUAACACAACAAAAGGGGUUUCACCAGAUUGAUCUUGUCGGAGAUAUAUCAGGACUAUUAUCUGCUCAUCCACAAGUUCCUCUAGUGUCCCUUCACCACCUGGACACCAUAGACCCAAUCUUCCCCUUCAAGAACCGCUCAGAAUCAAUUAACCACCUUAUGAAAGCAUCAAAAGCAGACCAUUCACGUCUGCUCCAACAGACCAUAUGCUACCACAGACCAAGUAAAUGGUCGUUCUCUGUCUCAUGGGGAUAUUCUGUUCAUAUCUAUGAAAAUAUAUUCCCUCGAAGUUAUCUACGCACACCAAUCGAGACGUUUAGACCUUGGAAGGAUGUCAGUCCACCACUUUACAUGUUCAACACCAGGCCUUGGCCUCCCAAGGAUCCAUCUUGUGAAGCCCCUCAUGUUUUUUACUUUGAUUCCAUUGAGAAAAAGGAAGGAGACCAGAUUGUAACUACUUACGUUCGAGCAUUUCCGCGGGAUUCAGCUUCAUGUUCUUCAAGUGGAAGUCUUUCUGCUGAUCCCAUUACCAAAAUUCAGGUCUUUUCAUCGCCUGCAACCAAACGCAUGGAGGGUGUAGAAAUAGAUUGUUGCAGUGUUUUACAUGAGGCAGGCAUGGACACUACCAAGGUCAUAUACAGGAAAUGCAUGAAAGAUGAAAUAAUGUCCUAAAAUGUUUGGUAUACAUUCUAAGAAUAAUUAUAUAUUAUUAUGUUUGGUUAUUAUAUUAAGAAAUUUUUUUUUUCCUUUCAUAAAAAUAUAUUAAA